AUGUCGGACCGCACUGGUUCCAGUCCGUGGUACCAGGAUCUGUGCAGCUAUAAAUGGGAGGCUGUGGACCAGGACAGCAGAGUAAAAUACACCCUGAAGCUCUGUCCUUCAUCUCCAGACACCGCCUGUGGCCCUGGUGCUGCCAUCUGCGGCCAAAACCUCGUCACCAACCAGAGCCAGUCUGUGGGUGAGCUCUCCCUGCUGACGUCCUCCGAUGGCAUGCUGGUGUUCAACAGCACCCAGAACUGCCAGGCCGAGAGCAGCAAAGUGCAAAGCAGCAUCAGUUUCCAGUGCGGCAAGACGAUGGGGACGCCGGAGUUCGUUACUCUAUCUCAGUGUGUGCAUUAUUUCGAGUGGAGAACAUACUUAGCCUGCAGAGGAGAGAGGUUCAGACCACAUAAAGAGGUUCCUUGCUACGUCUUUGACGCGGACGGAAAGAAACACGACCUGAACCCUCUCGUCAAAGUCAAAGGCGGCUAUCUGGUUGACGACUCCGACGAAAGUGUGGAUUUUUAUAUUAACGUGUGCAGAAGUCUGGACCGGGCGCAGAAUCAAUGCCCUGAAGGCACGGCUGCCUGUCUGACCAACCCCAACGGCUCCUAUAGCAUGGGCAAACCUACCAAAGCACUGCAGCUGAUCUCUAACGACAGGCUGAAACUGCGUUACGAGGCCGAAGCUGAACAUGUUCUGUGCGACGGGCACAAACCUGCAGUCACCAUCACCUUCAUCUGCCCCUCUCAGAGACAGCAGGGAAGUGACCCUAAGAUGACGGCUAAGACGAACUGUCGCUACGAGAUCGAGUGGGUGACGGAGUUCGCCUGCCACACCGAUUACCUGCAGAGCCACGAUUGUAGACUGACCAACGAACAGCACGACAUCUCUAUAGACCUCACCCACCUCACACAUGGCUCCGGAGACGCUCCGUACGUAGCCGAGGCCAAGAGCGGGAGGGACAACUACCUGUUCUACCUGAACGUGUGCGGGGAGACGAAAGCCGGUGAAUGUACUGAUGCUAAGGGUUACGUGUCGUCCUGUCAGGUGAAGGAUACGGGAGACGUGAAGAAGGUGGCUGGGAGGUUCCAGAAUCAGACGCUCAGGUACUCGGAUGGAGAUCUGACUCUCAUCUAUCCAGGAGGAAGUAGGUGCGGCACUGGUUUCCAGCGCAUGACCAUCAUCAACUUUGAGUGCAACGCCACAGCAGAGGACGGACACCCUGUGUUUAGCGGAGAGGUGGACUGCACCUAUAACUUUAACUGGCAGACUAAAUACGCGUGUGUUUCCGAAACCAAGGAUCUGCUGUGCAGAGUCACCAGUGGCAAAAAGCAUUACGACCUUUCACCUCUUACUCGCUACAAGGAAUCCGAAACGGCCCAAAACUGGGAGGCAGUGGACGCUAACGCUCCACAGACGGACAAGAGACGCUUUUACAUGAACGUAUGCAGCAAGAUCGUCCAGCAGGAGGCGACCAGCUCAUGUCCUAAAGAUGCGGCCAUCUGUGCUGUGGGAAAGGAUAAAUCGGUCAGUCUGGGUCAGUUCCUCAAGUCCCCUCAGAAGGAGCCGCAGGGGAACGAUUUGCGCCUCAUGUACACCGAAGGAGACGAGUGCAGGAGGAACACCAAGAUCAAAAGCAUCGUCACCAUGAAGUGCAAGCCCGGGGACGUGGAGAGCGCCCCCGUCCUGAGGAGCGUGUCCGGUGACGGCUGCGUGUACGAGUUCGAGUGGCAGACGGCCGCCGCCUGCGACCUCUCCAGGGUCGACGGGGACGACUGUAAAGUCGAGGACGCCAGUGCAGGUAUUUCCUUUGAUCUAAGCCCUCUCAGGAAGCUAGACGGAGGCUACUACAACAUAUCCACCGAAAAGUACGAGUACUUAAUCAACGUGUGUGGGGGCGUCAAGGCUGCAAACUGUCCCGACAGCGCAGGAGCCUGUCAGACCGACCACAGUAAGACUCGGUCCUGGAAUCUGGGCGUGUUCAACUCCAGGCUGUCGUACUACGAUGGAAUGAUCCAGCUGGAAUAUUUCAACGGCACCAGUUACAACAACAAACAGCGCACGCAGCGCUCCACACACAUCUACUUCCUGUGUGACCGAAGCGCCCGGCCAGGCAGACCCGAGUUUCAGGUGGAGGACGACAACACCUACAACUUCAGGUGGUACACCUCGUACGCCUGUCCGGAAAGACCCCAGGAGUGUGUGGUGACCGACCCCGAUACCUUACAGCAGUUCGACUUAUCCAGCUUGUCCAAAUCCAGCGGGACCAGUAACUGGGAGGCCAUAGACACGUCCGACCCCAACAACAUCAGGACGUACUACAUCAACGUGUGCCGACCGCUCCGACCCGUGCCAGGCUGUGACCGGCUCGCCUCUGUGUGUGAGGUUAAAUAUGAGACUUCACAGGGUUCGCCCUCCGAAAAGGUGACCGUUAGUAACAUGGGCGUGGCUAAGAGGGGUCCGGUGUUCGUGGAGGAGAACCAGCUGAUGCUGGAGUACACGGACGGCUCGGCCUGCGAGGCGGACGGACUGAUCAGCACCUACACCACCCGCAUCCACUUCAUCUGCUCUGAAGGAUACGUGUCGUCCGGUCCACGUUUCGUGACGAACCAGAACUGCACGGCCAACUUCAUGUGGGACACCGAGGCCGCCUGCGCCAUCUCGACCGCCGUGGCCGCCAACCAGACCUGCUCUUUGAAGCAUCCCAUCACUGGCUUCGAGUUCAACCUGCGACCUCUGACCUCACAGACGGGGUACAACACCACCGCGAACGGGAAGCAGUUCAUCGUGAAUAUCUGCGGCGUGGCUAGCGCUUGUAAAUCGGACAAGACCGACGUGGCGGGCUGCGUGGUGGAGGACGGCCAGCCUCACAGUUUCGUCGGGGCGGAGAGGUCCCUGCAGCUCUCCACCGACGGCCUGCUCACCCUCACCUACAAAGGAGAGCUGGAUACAGUUCUGGGUAUGAGAGCCACCUUCACCGUGAACUUUGUGUGCGAUCAGAGCGCCACGACGGGGUCCCUGAAGUUCGUCCGGGAGGAGAUGAGCACGUCCUCACACACGCAGCACGACGUCCUGUUCGAGUUCUCGACAGCGCUGGCUUGUGAGCCGGCUCCCGUCGAUUGCAGAGUCACUGACUCUCAUGGAAACGAGUACGAUCUGAGUGACCUGAGCGUGGAUGAUAAAGCUUAUGUUCCUCUAGACACUUCAGAACAGGCCAAGUCUCAAAAGUUCUACAUCAGCGUGUGUAAACCUCUGCUACACAUCCCGGACUGUCCCAUGGAACUGAUCGGGGCGUGUGGCCAGAUUAACGGGCGAGGUUUGAACCUGGGCUUCGUGCAGUCCAGCCUGCAGGCCGGAUCCGACGGCUCCAUCAGCAUCGUCUACAUGAACGGUGAUAAGUGUGGAUCAAACGGUCGCUACUCGACUCGCAUCAUCUUCCAGUGCGACGACAGUCCAGGAUCACCGAUCUUCGAUCGUAAGGACGGCUGUGAGUACGUGUUCAUCUGGAGGACCUCUGAGGCGUGUCCCGUCAGGAGAGUCCAGGGUACGAACUGUAAAGUAAAGGAUCCGAGGAGCGGGUUCGAGUACAAUCUGACGCCGCUGUCUGGGAAAGACUACGAAGUGAAGAGCGCUAAAUAUGAGUAUCACUUCGCCGUGUGCGGCCCUGUUACGAGCUCGGUCUGCCCGCACGGAACCGACAACACGGUGUCGUCCUGUCAGGUUAAGGGAACCAGUCACAGGAUUUCAGGGCUGGCUAAUCAGAACCUGACGUUCGAUGACGGCGUCAUCAUGAUCAACUACACGCACGGAGAAAUCUGCCACAAGAUCUACGAGCGAUCCACCGCCAUCCUUUUCUUCUGCGACCACAGCAAGAAUCCUGGUGUUCCGGUGUACGUCAGGGAGACUGCAGACUGCACCUACCUGUUUAACUGGCACACCGCGUUGGCCUGCCCUCCUUUUAAGACUAUCAGUUGCUCUUACAACGACGGCGGUGGGCACUCGUACGAUCUGUCCCCGCUGGCUCUGCACAGAAGUAACUGGGUUGUUCUGCCACCGACUGGGAAUAAAGAGCAGCGCUACUACAUCAACGUGUGCAAGUCUUUGGUGCCUCAGAGUGGUUCGUGGGGGUGUCCGAGCGGGGCGGCGGCCUGCAUGAAGACGGGCGAGCAGUACGUGAGUCUGGGAGAAGCUCAGUCCGAACCGCAGUGGGAGAAAGACAAGCUGGUACUGAGGUACACCGACGGAGCCGACUGUCCCGGGAGCGACCGCAAACGGACCACCUACAUCCGCUUCAUAUGUGACCGCAGCAAGGUGGACUCUAAACCCACGCUGACCUCUGCGCUGGACGACUGCGCCUACAGUUUCGUCUGGUUUACCGCUGCAGCCUGUCCCCUCAACAGCACCGAACACGGAGACUGUAGAGUCACGAAUCCGGUCACUGGACAUCAGUUUGACCUGAGCGCGCUCAGUAAAGACGGCGGAUACACCGUGUACGACAGGCUAGACGUACGGAAGAUGUACCGGCUCAAUGUGUGCGGCUCUAUAGAGAACGCCGGCUGCUCUUCAGGUUCAGGAGUGUGUAUCAAGGACGCCACGACGGCUCUGAACGCCGGGAUGGCUAACAAGAAGCUGGCGUAUAAGGAUCAGGUGGUGGAGCUGACGUACGACGGCGGAGACGCGUGCGCGGCGAAUCCGUCUCUCAAACACAAGAGCGUGAUCAGCUUCGUCUGCAGGUCCGAGGGGAGCGGCGCCGGCGACCCUGUGCUGGUGGAUUCGGACAAGGAGACCUGCACCCACUUCUUCUCCUGGCACACGCCUCUCGUCUGCGAACGCCAGGUGAAUUGUUCUGUGUGGACCGGAAGCAGCCUGUUAGAUCUGAGCCCCCUGAUUCACCUCAGCGGCUACUACACCGCCACGGACGAGGACGUGGACAAGGACAACUCUCCUGACUUCUACAUCAACGUCUGUCAGCCGCUGAACCCCAUUCCUGGUGUUAAGUGUCCUCCCGGGGCGGCGGUGUGCAUGGACCCCGCUGAUGGAGACCCCAUAGACAUUGGGCGUGUCACGUCCCCCCCGGUGUACCAUGCUGCCACAAACGAGGUGGAUAUGGAGUUUAGGAGCAGCACGAAGUGUCUCGCUGACCCCUCUGUCAACUACACCUCAAAAAUUAUUUUCACCUGCCAGAAGGGCGUGGAGCUGGGUUCUCCGGUGAUGAUGAGGCAGCUGGACUGUACGUACGUGUUCGAGUGGGCGACUCCGCUGGUCUGUCCGGAGCAAGUGAGCGCGGAGGGCUGCAAACUCAAUGUCUCGCAGCUGCAGUACACCUUCGACCUCUCGACUCUGUCAGGAGUGGUUCAGGUUCCGGGCUCGUCUGGUUCCUAUUACGUAAACGUGUGCGGCGCCGUGACGGAUAAGGCGUGUAAGAGCAGCCCGGUGUGUCUGGUCUCCGGUUCCUCUGCGUUUUCGUUCGGGAUCGGUCAGGCCAUGAGUCUGAACUACAGCCGAGAGGAUCAGAGCGUCAUCAUGCAGUACGGCGGAGGAGACCCCUGCCCUCCAGUGACCGCGCAGGGGGAUCUGUGCGUCUUUCCCUUCGUCUAUCUCGGCAAAUCCUACUCCCAGUGCACGACCGACGGCCGGAGUGACAGCAGGGUGUGGUGCGCCACCACAGCCGACUAUGACAAGGACCGACAGUGGGGCUUCUGUUCCAGUGUGACUGCCAAGAGACAGUCGACCGUCCUGUUCAAGUGCGACCCCUCGGCGAGUCACGGCAGACCCCGGCUGCUCAGUGAGACGCAGGCGUGUUCCAGCACCUUCGAGUGGCGCACCGACGUGGUCUGCCCACCCAGGAAAAUGGAGUGUAAACUGGUGAGCCGUCACCAGACGUACGACCUGCGCAGCCUGUCGUCGCUCACCCAGCCGUGGAAGUUCAGCGGCGGCGACAAGAACGACGCCUACUUCUUGAACCUGUGUCAGGUGAUCCACAGCGGUCUGACCGACUGUCCCGAGGGAGCCGCUGUCUGUCGCAAGCGUUCAACCGGCAAGACUGAUACGCUGGGACUGGUUUAUACGCAGGUCAUGGGUUUAACUGAUGGAAAAAUUCAGGUGAAUUACAGCAUGGGUGGCCCCGUGUGUGGAAACUCUCACCAGGCCAAAACCAUCGUGCAGCUCUCAUGUGGAUCCGUCUUGGGCCGCCCCAAACUCCUACGGGAGGAUUUGGCAACCUGUGAGUUCUGGGUGGAGUGGGAGACUAGAGCGGCCUGCGCCAUGAAGCAGCGGGAGGUGGAGAUGGUGAACGGUAUCAUUAAGGUUCCCCAGACGGGUGCUGAUUUCGACCUGGGAAACCUUUACUACAGCCUACACAAUGCUAGCGGGGACAUCAGGUCCAACGGGGACAGCUACAUCUACCAUAUUCAGCUGUCCGGCAUAACGGACAGCUCUUUAUCCACCUGCCUGGGCGCCACGAUCUGCCAGGUGAAGAAAGACGACGCCUACUGCAGGAAGAUCGGCUCGUCCAGCAAGGCCAAGUACUACAUCAAAGGCGACAGUCUGGACGUCCUGGUGCCGUCCGAGUCCGUGUGCGGUCGCGACAAGUCCAAGAAGGUGUCCUCGACCAUCCUGUUUCACUGCAGCUCCACGGCGGGGGUGGGCAUCCCAGAGUUCCUGAUGGAGACGGACGAAUGCCAGUACCUGUUCGUCUGGCACACGUCUGCGGUGUGUGAACUGCUCACCAAUAUUCAGCAGAUCGAGGGCGACGGUGAGGAGACGGCGGGCCUGUCGGGUCGCAGUCAGGCGGUCGGGCUGAUGCUCAGCCUGCUGCUGGUGGUGCUGACGAUCUGUCUGCUGGUUUUACUGCUGUAUAAGCGCGAGAGAAGGGGGCUCUUUAUACAAAAAGUCACCAACUGCUGCAAGAGGAGAAAUCCAGUGUCGUAUAAAUACUCCAAGGUCAGCACGGAUGAGAACGGCUGCGAGGAUGAGACCGAGUGGCUGAUGGAGGAGGUGGAGCUGCCGGCGCAGACGCUCCACCAGAACGGCCACAUCACCACCAAACCGGUGAGCGCCGACGCCCUGCGCACCUUCUCCCUGGACGAGCAGGACAGCGAGGAGGAGGUGCUGACCGUCCCCGGAGUGCGGGUCCGCUCGGCUCGGGACGGCCCGUCCAGGCUGACGGGGGGCGAGAGCGACGAGGAUCUGGUAGCCCUGCAGGACGACACGGGCAGGAGGGGCGCGUCCGGGUCGGGCUCCAGGCAGCACAGGAGGGUGCAGGUCGAUCCGGACGACAGUGAUGAGGACCUUCUUAAAGUGUGAGAACGCUGGUUACCAGAAACGAACUCCUAAAUGUCUCCGAACUCGCCCUGGUUCUGUUUGUUUUUCCGAAAGGGAGAUUUAUUGACCUGCCUGUUUGAUGUUUAAAUUGCAAGUGCAGAUGAAAUUGUGAGCGCAUUUUAAACAGCGUUUGCUUUGGGAUGAAAAAAUAUAUUUUUCUUAGGUUAAUUUGUCGCUUUUUUUCUUUUAUGUGUUUUUUCUUUGAAUGAAUUUAAUUUAAUAAUUAAUUUGUCCUCCGACGACUCUUUCGAAGCCAUGAUUUGCUCUUUUUGGGUUACGCUAGCCCCCGGUGUCCCCUCAUCCAUAUUUGAGAGUCCCGCGUUUGUACUGAAGCAGUAUUUUGCACAUGGGGCUCGCGGCGGGGGGGAGGGGGAGACCCGUUUUCCUAAUCGUUUUUUUAUCGUGAUUAUUACUCACUGGAAGAUCGUGCGCUUCGCAGCACUUACCUCACAGGUCGGCCGUCUGUGCUUCACAUUUAAAGCGCUUGAGCUUCCGAUCCGCCAAAAACGCAUGCGUCAGGUAGACAGUAUUUUAGCCACGUUAUAAACUCGAGUCUCGGGCCCUGGUUUGCUCUAGGAGCGUUAUUGUAGUGCAGAAGGGCAGGUACUAAUUUGAUGCAUAUUUUGCGCAUUGUUUUCUGUUCUAGAACCCUCACCAUAAAUCUUUUACUACAGAUAAGUGAGUAAACGACUGGACGUUGUGCCGCUUGGGCUUGUAUUUGAGUCUGAUUUUCUUUUCCCGUUUUUUUGUUUAUUUAAAACGAUCUCAUUAAUACUAAUCAGGAACUGAUCAUUAAAAGUGCCAGUUCAGUCCCAUAUGUGCCCUAAUUCUUAAAUAAUUUGUUUAAUUAACGUUUAAUAAAGCACUCACCUGAAGGGAAUCAUAAUAACUGCUGCAGUUACAACCUCUGCUGGCUGAUCGAUGGUACUGCACUGCACAGAGACGGGGGAUAACAGGGAUCGGUGCAUGACUCUCCGUGCGCGAUACAGAUCUCCGUAUGAACCAAGUGCAGGUGAAUAGAAGCGGUCGGUACUGCAGACGUGUCGGAGGGGUGGGUGUUAGUCGCGGCACACAUCGAUCGGGUGAUUGGAUACGACUAGAUUGGGAGGAAAAUUAGGGGAGAUUAAUUAAAAAUGCUUAAUGAGUUCAUUAUUAAUAUUUCUGUCAGGAUUCACUGGGUUCGUCUUGAAAUCUCCACCACUUUGUAGAUCAUUUAUAAAAUCACACUAAGAUCCUAAGUAAGUAAAUCAGGGCCUCAACCUUUAUUCCAGCUCAUUACAAUCACAGUGUCAUUUUUCCUUGAGGUUUUUCUUAAAUUUAAAACAUUAAAACCACCUCGUUGUAGUUCUACAAUUACUGACUGUAGUCCUGUUUCUCUACAUGCUUUGUUAGCCCCCUUUCAUGCUGUUCUUCAAUG